AUGGCGACAAAGAUACUGCUGCGGGACGUGCGGCGGGCGCUGAUGAAAAGGCCGCCUCGGGGUGCCGAGAACCUCUUCGAGCGAGUAGGUGACAGCCACGAGAACCUCUUCGAGCGAGUAGGUGACAGCCACGAGAACGUCUUCGGAGAUGCUGUGCUGCCAGAACUGGUAGAUACGCACAGCACGCUGCUGGCGCAGCGGCACGCUACCGAAGUCGAUGCCGAAAUACCCGUGUUGCGAUCGCACAUCGCCUCGAGCACGCUGACGCCGGCGGACUUUCAGAGAGUAAAGCCAGAUGUAUCGCUCAGGUACGUGAUCCGGGGGCGGUAUGCGAGUAACCUGGUCGCCACGGAGGACUACUUCCUUGUGUUUGCGAGUGUCGGUGACCUGCAGGAGUACUCCCGGGCGUGUGCGGUGAGCGAGGCGAAGCUAGACGGCAGCCGGAUCAACGCGAAACCCGUGAAGACCCUUGACUUCGCCGGAUACCUGCGGUUCCUGUACCCGCAACUCCUGGCGGACCUUGCAGACCUCCCUGCCUUGGUGGACAUAGUUCAGCAGGGCGCCUCGAAAAAGAAGGGCCACCUCGAGGUGUUGCAGCAGCUGCUGCAGGGCCGGCGUGACCUGCUGGAGCGGUCCCCGCUGGCGACGGAUACGGUGCUGGAGCGGGCACAGGCGUUGCUUUCGGUCCAGACACCGCCUGACCGGCAGGAGCUAGUGCAGAGAUCGUGCUGCGUCAUUCUGCGAAACGUGCCGGCGAAUAUCGCCACGAGCAAGAUCACUGCCUUCUUCUGGGACCUCGCGUGGUUCGCCGACGGGGCCCGGACCGUGCGCCCGGUCUUCUUUGACAAACGUACCCACUUCAACACGUACGUGCUGGCCUUUGCAGACGAGGCUAGUGCAAAACUAUGCGUCAGGCGGGCCGAUGGCCACCACCUCUUCUACAACCCUGUCCUUCCCGUGGUUUCUGCGGAGUUGCUGCAACGGGCUUCAAGCCUGGGUGGACUCAUGCCAGAGAAUGAACUUCACCAACCGAUGUUUGUUGGCGUGCUGCCCGUGCUGCAGCCGGGCGGACAUCUUCCGCCGGACGCCCACGCGCAGACCGUCAACCUGAUCGCUAACAUCUUCAGUCUCCUUGCCGGCAACCCAUCCUACAAACUGGUCUCUGUUAUCGUGUACGUGGGCAACUACAAGAUGGCCGUCACUGUGCUGCGCCACUUCCAGAAUGCGGGGUUGGGUGGCCCAGUCCGCCGCUGUCUCGUAAAACAGAUGGGACCCGGCCUUUGCGUCAGCGCCGAGCUAACCCUCCAUCUGCACCAUAAUAUUCGUUCUAAACUUUGA